AUUAUAAGAGCCCUCCCUGCUGCUGGACCAAAAUAGACAGUUGAGGGCUGAGCAGCUGACAUAAACCAGAAAUGGCUGCCACCGGAGUCCUUCCCUUCAUAAGGGGGGUAGACCUCAGUGGAAACGACUUCAAAGGUGGGUACUUUCCUGAGCAUGUCAAGUGUAUGAGCAGUCUGCGAUGGCUGAAGCUGAACAGGACGGGACUGUGUUACCUCCCAGAGGAGCUGGCCUCUCUGCAGAAGCUGGAGCAUCUUUCAGUGAGUCACAACAGCCUGACCACCCUACAUGGAGAACUGUCCAGUUUACCAAACCUACGGGCGGUGGUAGCCAGAGCCAACAACCUGAAAAACUCUGGAGUCCCAGAUGACAUCUUUCAGCUUGAUGAUCUCUCUGUGCUGGACCUGAGCUACAAUCAGCUGUCAGAGAUCCCCAGAGACCUGGAGAACAGCAGGAACAUGCUGGUGCUCAAUCUGAGCCACAACAGCAUAGACUCCAUCCCCAACCAGCUGUUCAUCAACCUGACAGACCUGCUGUACCUGGACCUGAGCGACAACAAGCUGGACAGCCUGCCACCACAGAUGAGACGCCUGGUUCACCUGCAGACGCUCAUACUGAAUAACAACCCGCUGAUGCAUGCCCAACUGCGCCAGCUGCCAGCCAUGGUGGCAUUACAGACUCUCCACUUGAGGAACACCCAGAGGACCCAGAGCAACAUGCCCACCAGCCUGGAGGGUCUGACACAUUUAGCAGAUGUUGACCUGUCAUGUAAUGACUUGACUCGGGUGCCAGAGUGCCUCUAUUCACUGGGCAGUUUGAAGAGACUCAACCUGAGCAGUAAUCAGAUCUCAGAACUGUCCCUCUGCAUCGACCAGUGGACUCAGCUGGAGACACUGAACCUGAGCCGCAACCAGCUCACCUCACUGCCUUCUGCAAUCUGUAAGCUGUCCAAACUGAAGAAGCUGUAUGUGAACUCUAACAAACUGGACUUUGACGGCCUUCCGCCAGGCGUCGGCAAACUGUCCAGCCUCACUGAGUUCAUGGCUGCGAACAACAACCUGGAACUUAUCCCAGAGGGACUCUGCAGGUGUGGCAAGCUGAAGAAGCUGGUGCUGAAUAAAAACCGCCUGGUAACACUGCCUGAGGCCAUCCACUUCUUGACUGAUUUAGAGGUGCUGGAUGUGCGAGAGAACCCCAACCUGGUGAUGCCUCCUAAACCGGUGGACAGGGCAGCAGAGUGGUACAACAUCGACUUCUCCCUGCAGAACCAGCUCCGGCUGGCCGGGGCCUCACCUGCUACUGUAGCUGCAGCUGGAGGAGGCGCCAGCCCUCGAGAUCCCCUGGCGAGGAAGAUGAGGUUAAGGAGGAGGAAGGACUGUUCUCAGGACGACCAGGCGAAGCAGGUGCUGAAGGGCAUGAGUGACGUCGCACAGGAGAAGAAGAACCUGGAGGAGAACGGGGAUUUGAAAUACGGUGAUUUAAAGAUCCGGCGCUGGGACAAGAGUCUAGAAAAACCUCACCUGGACUACUCUGAGUACUUUAUCGAGGACAUAGGCCAGGUUCCAGGUGUAACGGUGUGGCAGAUAGAGAACUUUGUUCCCAUCCCAGUGGAUGAAACCUUCCAUGGCAAGUUCUAUGAGGCUGAUUGCUACAUAGUCCUCAAGACCUUCCUGGACGACAACGGCGCAUUGAACUGGCAGAUCUUCUACUGGAUCGGCCAGGAGGCCACUCUGGACAAGAAGGCCGGCUCCGCCAUCCAUGCCGUCAACCUCCGAAACUUCCUUGGAGCAGAGUGCAGGACGAUACGGGAGGAGAUGGGAGACGAGAGCGACGAGUUCAGUGCUGUGUUUAACAAUGAAAUCUCCUACAUUGAGGGAGGAACAGCCAGCGGAUUCUACACUGUGGAGGACACGCACUAUUCUGUCAGGUUUUACAGAGUUUACGGCAAGAAAAACAUCAGGCUGGAGUCUGUGCCUGUGAAGGCCUCCUCCCUCGACCCUCGCUACGUCUUCCUGUUGGACACAGGAAUGGAAAUCUUUAUCUGGAGAGGAGCCAACGCUACCCUCAGCAGCACCACAAAGGCCAGGUUAUUUGCAGAGAAGAUAAAUAAGAAUGAGCGUAAAGGGAAGGCAGAAAUCACGACCCUCAUGCAGAACCAGGAGCCUCCGGGUUUCUGGGAGCCACUGGGAGGACAACCGGAGGACAUCAAGAAACACGUACCAGAUGACUUCUCUCCCAUCAGACCUAAACUCUACAAGGUGGGCUUGGGUCUGGGCUACCUGGAGCUGCCGCAGAUUAACUACAAGCUGUCAGUCGAGCACAAGGACCACAAGAUCAAACUGGACACCCUGCCAGAGCUGAGACUGUUGCAGUCCCUGCUGGACACAAAGUGCGUGUACAUCCUGGACUGCUGGUCUGACGUGUUCAUCUGGAUCGGGAGGAAGUCCCCGCGUCUCGUGCGAGCUGCUGCCUUAAAACUGGGUCAGGAGAUCUGCUCCAUGCUGCACCGGCCCAAACACGCCUGCGUCACCCGCAACCUGGAGGGCACCGAGUGCCAGGUGUUUAAGUCCAAGUUUAAGAACUGGGAUGAUGUGUUGAAGGUGGACUACACCAGAGCAGCCGAGACUGUACAACAGAGUGACAACCUCCAGGGCAAGGUGAAGAAGGACGCAGAGCAGAAAGACCAGAUGAAAGCCGACCUCACGGCCCUCUUCCUUCCCCGGCAGCCUGCCAUGCCCCUUACCGAGGCUGAACAACUGAUGGAGGAGUGGAACGAGGAUCUGGAUGGCAUGGAAGGAUUUGUGUUGGAGGGGAAGAAGUUUGCUCGCCUGCCUGAGGAGGAGUUCGGGCACUUCCACACCCAGGACUGCUAUGUCUUCCUCUGCAGAUACUGGGUGCCUGUGGAGUACGAAGACGAGGAGAAGAAGGAGGGCGAGGGCGGUGAAGAAGGAGGAGGAGGACGAGCAGGAAAAGCGGAGGAGGAGGAGGACAAACAGCCUGAGGAGGACUUCCAGUGUGUGGUGUAUUUCUGGCAGGGCAGGCAGGCCUCCAACAUGGGCUGGCUCACGUUCACCUUCUCCCUGCAAAAGAAGUUUGAGAGUCUGUUCCCUGGAAAGCUGAAGGUGGUGCGUAUGACCCAACAGCAGGAGAACCUCAAGUUCCUGUCCCAUUUCAAGAGGAAGUUCAUCAUCCACAAAGGGAAGAGGAAACAGAAGACUGACGCUGCUCAGCCCUCCCUCUACCACAUACGCACCAAUGGCAGCGCACUUUGCACCAGGACCAUCCAGAUUGGAACAGAUUCCAGCAACCUCAACUCAGAGUUUUGCUUCAUCCUCAAGGUACCUUUUGAGAGCACAGACAAUCAGGGCAUCGUUUACACGUGGGUGGGCAGAGCUGCUGACCCCGACGAGGCCAAACUGGCCGAGGACAUCAUGAACUGCAUGUUCGACGACACGUACAGCAAACAGGUCAUUAAUGAGGGGGAGGAGCCAGAGAACUUCUUCUGGGUGGGGAUUGGUUCUCAGAAGCAGUACGAUGAAGACGCAGAUUAUAUGAAAUACGCUCGGCUCUUCAGGUGUUCCAAUGAGAAGGGUUAUUUCUCUGUGUCGGAGAAGUGCUCAGACUUCUGCCAGGACGACUUGGCUGAUGAUGACAUCAUGCUGCUCGACAACGGCAAAGAGGUGUACAUGUGGGUCGGUACUCAGACCAGCCAGGUGGAGAUCAAACUGAGUCUCAAAGCCUGCCAGGUUUACAUCCAGCACAUGCGCUCUAAGGACACUGAACACCCCAGGAAGCUGCGACUGGUGCGGAAGGGAAACGAGCCCCACUGCUUCACACGCUGCUUCCACGCCUGGGGGGCCUUCAAAACUCCCCCUUCCUAGACAAACACAUACAGAAACGCUCACAAAUACAUCAAAUGUAUUCGAUGCCAUGUAAUUUUCUACCAGUAACGGCUUGAUUCCACCGGGCACGGCUGCGUCGUGGCCGCCAGAGCUGAUAGCAGCCAUUCAGGGCAACGCUUAUGAUUCCGACAGAGGCGCCGCAGCACGUUUCAGAAGCCGCUUUCCGCUCUGCUUCCCUGAUAUUACACAUCUAGUCUUUGCCUUCUGCCCCUUUUUUGAAAGAAGGUACGUCAAGCUGCACAGAGCAGAUCGAGCCGGGCAAGAAGUCAGACACAGGAAUGACGUAGAGAAUCCAAUCAGUUUUUAUAAUAAAACACCCUGUGCAGACUCCCGAUCGUAAAAACAGACAAAAAGAGAAACCAUUUCAUUCUGUAGCCUACUUAGCCAUGGUAGGAGCACAAACGUCAAAGAAAAAAACGAUAUAUUCCACAAAAUCUUAGCAAGGCAACACGCUCCGCUUCUGAAACGGUGGGAUAUGAAGCUGUGCGGAGGACGGAACAAAAACAGGACGCAGCCGUGCCGGGUGGAAUCAAGAAGAAGAAGAAGAUGAUGAUGAUGUCUAUGCCUAACUUAGCUUUACCUGAGCUCUGAUCCCUUCCCUCCAUCCUGCUCAGCUGCUGUUUACCAGCUUCUUGACCAACAUCUGGACAGAUUUCAAUUGAGCACAACAUCCCAGUCAGUCAGAGUUCUUCUGGUCCAGAAGCUGUCGGCUGUUUCCUUUCAAACAGCAAAAUAUUUUUUCUUUUUUCUACAAGCUUUUUUAGCAGCCAGUCUGAAUACUGUUGUUAAAUGAAAGAAGAGAAUUAUGUUUUGAGAUAAAAUAGGUCUAAGGUGGACAGAGGCUUUAUAAAAACCCAAAGGGAGGUGAAUCCCGGACAUAUCGAUCUGCUUUCUGCUGCUUUCACGAGGCUCGUGCUGCAUGGUCAAUAGUUCUCAGUGGAGCAGGGUUAAAGUGCUCUUCACUGUAGGAGUCGCUCCUCCAUGCUUUGUGCCAGUUUUGCGCAGCUCAUCUGAAGCAGUUUAAGGCAGAGGAAAGUCUGAUUUUACAUUUUGUAUCGUUUUCUUCAUCACUGAGGGACUGAACAGAAAGCAGCACUAUAAUUGUUUUUCUGAGGAAUGUUGGUUUAUACAUAUAUUUUUCUGUUGUGCGGAUUAUACACGGUAUGUUUGUGUGUUUGCCCCCAUGCGCCUUCGUUGAAAUGGGGACCGCCCCUCUCCCACAGUCUGUUUGGUCGCUCUGCUCACCUCCUCUAACUUGUCCGCUGAUCCGAGUGCAGAGUGAAACCGUCUCGUAUGAGAUCUGUUUCAGUCUAACAAAACGACUUUCAUGUAAACACACUGUGGACAGUCAUUUUCGUUGCCAUGUGAAAAUUCAACAGUUAGCAUUUAUUUGGACAAAAAACUGGUCCAGGUGCAAGUUUCAGGCUGUGAGACCGAGCCUCAAUUAAUGUUCAAGUUUAAGAACAAAUGUGCAAUCAGCAGAGCCCAACCACAUUCUUCUGUUACAGGCUGCACUCAACUUGUCAAAAUGUUUAUUUUGCUUUUCCUGAGCAGACAGGACAAGAAAAGCUGAAGAGUUUCUUUCCAAAAUGUAGUGUUAUCAUUUUUGAAAAAGCAAAUGCAUGAUGUUUAAAAUUCUGCCGGCUCAAGAUUUAGACAUUUUUGUCAAACAUUGAUUUUUAAAGUGUUGCUUUUUCAAAUAUGUUUGUUUUGGAACAAAAUUCUUUAUUUGCUAAUUUUAAUGGGAGAUCUUUUGCACCAUAUGAGAGAUGUAUCUAAGUAUAGUGACCUCUGGUUCCAGUGAUCUCUAAUCAGUGCUGUGUUUGUAUGGUUAACAGAGGAGUUGUGAUCAGUUGCUGCCUCGAGGGUCAACCAUUUACAGAACUGCUGCAGUGCUUCCUGUGAUCAUGUGACCUGUGCAGUAUGCAGGCAUUGGUCCAAGCAAGAUAUCUAUAUAUUCUCCAAUGGCUGCAAGUACCAUCAUUUUGGUUAGACUAUAUUUUGUGGGGUGAACUGUAUGCCUGGUAGUGUGUUUGAGUGUUACACGCAUAUGUAUGUGUAUAUGAAUACGUGCACAUGCUCCUGAUGCCACCUGCAGAUGCUUUAUUUAUGUAUUUUAUAUAAAAAUAAAAUCUCAC